AUGGACUCAACCGACCACAUCGACGAGCAAGGCCCAACAAACGACGACCUCUUCAGCCAUCUCCCGGACGGCAAACGCCGCAAAUUCAUCCUAGUCGACGAUCCGCAGCGCGGCUGUCGUGUCCGUGUCAAGGUCGUCCUCGACAAAGUCAACAUGGACGAGAUCCCGGAUUCCUACCGCGAGUCCAACGCCGUCUAUCCGCGCACUUACUUCCCCAUCCAGAUGCGCGAUGAGAACCGCGUCGUGCCCGCUAAGCGGUUCUUCCGCGAUGACACCGAGCAAGCGGAUGAUCCGGAGGCAUCGACUAUCGGACGCACGACUGUGCCUGCGCCGUCGCUUGACGCCGAGACUGACAUCGAGGUGCCGAAGAUCUCACGCAGAAAACAUCGGAAGGAGUUGAUGCUUAAUGAUCUCGGCUAUCGGAUGAGUUGGAGUCAGAGUCGUGUGUUUGCGGGACGGAUGUUAUUUUUACAGCGAUCGUUGGAUGCUUAUCGCGAUAAAAUGAGAAAUAGUAUGCUCGCUGCGGGCCAGGAUGCGGGGGAUAUACCCGAUCAUUUCGAUACUCGUCGUGGCAAGCGACGGUUCCUGGAGCGUGGACGUCGGCUGGAGUCUAGUUCUGAGAAUGCUGUGCAGCGGGACGCGGAGGAGGUUGAAGGUUGA